AAUACUUCAUUUAUGAAUAGAGAACAAUCCUGAAUUAAUUCAUUAUUAUACAAUCUUAAUUGUACUGAGAUCACAUUUGGAAAACAGAAUAUGGAAUAUCUGGAUGUUAUAGAUCCUGAUGUUGAACCAAUUAAAGAGCCACUUAAAGAGAGUUACAUAAGCAUUGCUUCCAAGCACCCAUUGAGCAGGUUAACACUGAAUGAAUGCAUGCAGGAACUGAAACAUGAUGACGAAGAAGCGUUUGUCUUUAUGAAUCCUGAUGCUAGCCGCCACAGUAGCAUCACAUACAAGAGAUGGGUGGCUCUGUCAGAAAACCUGGCUGUCAGUUUUGAUGAGAUUGGAGUCCGUCCUGGGGAUAUGGUCGUUGUGUGUGUACCUAAUUGUGAGGAAAUGGUUGUCUGUGUAGGGGGUCUUCUCCAUUGCGCUGCUGUACCUGUCUUUCUUACAUUUGGACUUAAAAGUGGGGAGGACAUUGUUGAACAGAUAAAAGAUGUCAAUGCGAAAGUUGCCAUAAUGUAUGUUGGUGAUGAUGCAUCAAUGAAUGGCCUGAUGACAAAGUUAUUCACAGAGGUACUUUCUGGGAAGACUGACCCUCGGAUGCCUGAACUUAGGCAUGUCAUCCUGAUAGGUGACAGUGAGAUCCCUAAAGGUGCGCUUCAUUAUAGAGCAUUAAUUACAGAGAAGUCGGAUGAGGAAAAGUUGAAAAUUGGUCCAACUGCAAAUGAACACGUUACCAUGGACAGUCCAUGUUGGAUCAAUUUAACGUCUGGCAGCACAGGCAAGCCAAAGUAUUGUGUGAUUAACCACAAAACUGCCAUAAAUAGCUCAUCCAGCCUAACUCGUCGUCUUUCCAAUGGACCAGACCGAGACAUCCACUUUAAUGACCGACCAUUAUCGUGGGCUGGUGGAUCACACUGUUUUGGCUUUGCAUUGGCUAUGCAUGAGAAAAUAAUAACUAUUAACGCAUGUUUUACAGUUGGGAACUCCAAUGCUGACAAUGUUUUAAAAAUGUUGCAAAAUGAAAAGGUAACAAAAGCAUUGUUGAUGCCGUAUCUUCUUUAUGAUGUGUCAAACAUGGCUGCCGCACAGGUGAAAGCAUAUGACCUAUCAUCAUUGAAAGUUGUAUGGACGAGUGGGCAGAGGAUAGAACCAGAUUUGCUUGACCGUGUCCAGUCACUCAUCCCAAUUGCCUUUAGCAUUAUGUUUGCUCAGACUGAAACCCUAAUGAUAAGUGCCACAUUCCCUUCUGGAGACUACAAGAAACAAAACAACACUACUGGUUAUGGCUUUCCAAACAUAGAAAUAGCAAUAAAAGAUAAAGCCAACGAAAUUGUGCCGAUCAAUACAGAAGGAGAGAUAUGUGUACGUGGAUAUAGCAACUUCAUCAGAUAUCUAAACAAUGAAGAAAAGACCCGGGAAACAAAAGAUGCAGAUGGCUGGGUGCAUACUGGAGACAUAGGUACAUUGACCCCGUAUGGUUAUGUCACUGUUGUUGGUCGAAUAAAGGAAUUCAUCAAACGUGGCACUGUGAUCGUCCACCCAGGUGGAAUUGAGAAAAUACUUCAUCAACAUCCAGCUGUGAUGCAAGCGUAUGUUAUAGGGGUACCAGAUCCAAGACUUUAUGAAGAACUUUGCGCAUGUAUUCAAGUCCGAGAUGAUCAGAGUCUAACAAAGAAUGAAAUUAAGGAAUGGUGUAAUGGUGUGUUCUCUGACAGAACAGCAGAUGGACUGAGUAAGGUCCCUAAAUAUUUCAUAAUCAUGGAAGACCUACCAAUUUUGGGUAAUGGUAAAAUAGAUAGACUUUCCUUGAAAAAGAAAGCUAUACGUGAGUUACAACUAUAAACUUAACAAAGAUGGAACUACAACUGCCAAAUAAUUACAUGGUGAAAGAAACUCAUCAGCUGAAACAGUUCAAAUUGGAGAAUCAUACUCAGUAGAACUUGUUUGUGAAAAUAAGUUGCUACAUCACCAUAAAUGGACCAUUGUUCUAGUAUAAUAUAAUAUAAU